ACAUGCCAACUCUUCCAUGUUCCAACACAGAUCUUCUCUUCUCCUUCUAUCUUCCAAUCUUGUCUGCAAUUUUCUUGUGUUUGAAAAGAUCAGAGGGCAUGGAGGAGGUGAGCCUUGAGCUUCUCAAGAAGAAAAUGGAGGAUUUUGUUAAAGAAAGAGACUGGGAAAAGCACCACACCCCUAGAAAUCUUCUUCUUAAUAUGAUAGGGGAAGUUGGAGAACUGACUGAAAUAUUCCAGUGGAAAGGAGAGGUGGCAAAGGGUCUCCCAGAUUGGGAUGAAGCAGAAAAGAUACACCUGGGAGAAGAGCUCUCAGAUGUUUUGCUUAACCUGGUGAGACUCUCUGAUGUGUGUGGGAUUGAUCUUGGCAAAGCUGCUCUAAGGAAGGUUCAACUCAAUGCUCUCAAAUACCCACCACCCACCCAUCAUUCCCCCACCAAAACCCAACCUUAAUUACCUCACUAGGAGUGUCGGAACAACGUUAAUUGUGUCUGUUAAUUAGCUGCAUUGGGAGUGGGGGUGGGGGUAGUGUUUGGCACUUGUGCCUACAUGCAUAUAUGCAUGAUUUUGGAAGAUUGUUUGGUGUUGUUUUGUUAUUGUGAUUGAAGGUUUCUUUGAAAUUAUUGAAGUAUUUCUACAAGUACGAAUGAUAUGAUCUUGUGUUUUA